AUGCACUGCAAGAGGAAGAGCCUCCCUGUUGUCCGUCUGUUAUCCCCCACUAAGCGCGAUAGCGCAAGUUCCCAAUGCAAGGAGAAUGUGAAUCUAAGUCUCACAGGUGACGGCCUCAGCAAUGGAGAGACGAUUAGCACUAGGGAGCUACCUGACACUGAUUUGAGACCCCCUAGCUGCCGACAAAUGCUGGGGAACCAUUAUCAACAGAAGCCCGCCCAUAGUUUCCUUUCCGUGGCCACUCUGCGCCACAGCGUUCCGCAGGCUAAAAUGCCAAAACUGUCGGGUUGCUCAGAUUACUUGGGGCUACGCGCCGCCAAAACUGUAAAGUCCACUUCUUUUUUCCUGGAACCUGCUCUAAGACCUAGCCUCCGUUCUGCGGAGGCCAGACCUAAUGUGUCACGUGGAGGGCCUCUGAAGCCACACUGCAAUGUUAUGGUAGAAGAACAGGGGAGGCGACAGUCUGUGAGAAACAAUGAACAAUUCACAGUGGCAACGAAUACUGGCUAUUUUUUGUUGCCGCCCUGGGCAGCUGUUCAUGUUGGCUCGCACGAUUUAACGGAGUGCCCCACACAAGCCACUAGAGUUAGCAGCGCUGCAGGACCCGCGUUCGUGUCAGUUCUUAAUAAGCCGCGACGCUCAGAUCAGCGCGCCUCACUCGUGGCUUCCAGGUACUUGAUUGCUCCUCGCAAGCGCACACUCACCACCUUCCGCGAAUGGCUAGCCGAAGACCACCGUCAUUCCCGCAAAGCUUGGGGUCCUAGCGGGCAGUUCCCUGCACGCCGUGGUCUAAGCCACAGCGCCACCACAGAACGGUCGCGUUGUAUUCUCACUGCAGCAGCUACGCAGAGAAGUGCAGUGGAAACAAGAGCGCGUCACGCUGUGGAGGCUGAAGUAAGGGAACUAAGCACGAAUAAAACUCCACAGCAACAGCAGGAAGCAUACGUGAGCGCCCAAAAGGAGGCCUUAGCAGCGCAGCAACAAGAUCAGCAAAUUGUUGAUGAGGCUGAAGCCAGGGAGGAGGCACGCGCUGCGGCAGCGGCGGCAGCGGCAGCUGCUGCCUCUGCCGCAAUUGCACAAGCACAAUGGCCAUCGCGUCAUAAAGCGCGGCAGCAGGAGCUUGAGCAGAUGCAUCGCCAAGAAGCAAAAGAAAAGCACCGUUCUGCUGUAAGGUCUGCUUGUGACCGACGGCCACCUUCUAUAGCGAACCGCCCGUCUUCUAGGCCAAAAAGCAUUGUUCCAAGUGCGAAGGGGGAAGCAAACCAAAAAUCGAGUAGGGCGGCUCAAAGGCACCUCGGAGCAUCUGCAGCUAGUACAUUGGAACCAGCGCCGUCAGCACCAGCGGGCAAAGCUAAGCAUUCUGUUUCUUCACCGCCGGCACCGUCCAUCACGAAAUUUCAUCGGUCAGGAAAGCACCAAUCCAGUGUACUUCCUUCUAGAGUAAACCUAAAGCAGCAAUCUGCUCAAAGACGACAAAGGGAUCCCACAUCUCGAUUUGAAGAACAAAGCGCCCAUUUAGAUUCUAGCGAAAAAAGUUCACAAGGCUCUGCGGACGAAGAGGAUUCGCAUCCAUUCAACCCGCUUGAAGAGGUGAUGGUGCUGCUGAGAAAGCUAAAAACUACAGAAAACUAUUCGCUCGAUAUCGGUCGGAAGAAGCGUGGUGUGGGAAAGGCGAGAAAGGGCCCCAACAAUGGCCCACAAAUGGGCCAGUCCUUCCCAGCAACGCUAGAGACGGUCUCAACUACUGUCCAGGCCAUUGAAGUUAGCAACAAGCUUAUUGUUGGUCUGGCGACCACUGAACGUGAAGGCAGGCCUGAGCAUGAACGUUACAACCACGAAAGCGGCAAGUCACACCAUGCGCUAUCGGACCUUAAAAACCUUCCGUUGGAAGCCUUUGACAUUCCUGAAGACUACGGCGAGGCAUCCCCCCAAGCACUGCUAGAGCGCUGCCGCUCUGAAUGCCAGCUACGUCGGCUUGAAAUGAGACACCAAAAAAGUGAGCUGCCUAAAAACAAAUCUAGCGGACGCUCUGCUUCCUAUACCGUCGCCACCCAUGUCUCUGCAAACAACCCCUACCCUCCGCCAAAGCUUGAGGACGACCCGAUUUGCAAUAAUGACGAAGCGGCAGUCGGUUUGGAGGUACAACUGAAGGAAAAACAGUUAAUGGCUGAUGCCUCGCAGGGGGAGGCAACAAGCACAGGCAAGCCAGCUGAAAGCGAAGCUGAUCAAGCUUCCCCACCAUCCCAGCUGCCGGAAAUGCUCCCAGAAAUAGCACCUUCUUUGGGGGAGCUAACGGCAUCUGCCGCAAAGAGUAGCGAAGGAGAGGCAGAGGCGGAAGUUUUGCACUUUGUUGGCAACAGCUGGACCCAUAUUCCAUGCAUUGUACUAGGUUAUGAUAGCGGGCAACGAAGGUUUGAAGUAAAGCUUCGUGAUGGAACAAUUAAGACCGUCAGGCGCCUUGCCCUUCGUUUUUGCUUCGAGCCGCCGCAACUUCAGCAGCAGCGAUUAGAAGCUUGCACAAACAGGCGGCGGCAAGCGGUCCUUCGCCAGCAGCUGCUUAACUCUGUCAAUAGUUUGCCAUCCUCGGCGUUUGCUCCUCUUCCACAGAAUUUUCUCGCCUCUAUAGUCAAAGCGGCCACAGCGGUGGGCCGGCUCCGGAGUAUGUCCUCGCACAUGGACACCCUCCGUCCAGCCAUACAGUACCUCAAAGACCGUUUUCUUGAAGGCUCAAAGCUAAGUGCAGUCCUUUAUUGCGCGGAACGUCUUCGCGCAUCAGGCAAGCUCGAAUCAAUUUCAGCCAAACAGCAACAGGGCCUGCAGAAUCAAGACUUGCGUCAAGAGGAAGCGUUGCAGGGGCCGCCAUUGCUGUUGCAAGUUCUGCAACCGAUGUUUUCGCCCGCGCCGCCAGCGUUUGGCAGGCUUAAUGUCGGUGCUAGUGCAGCCUUCGAAGGGGCAAUGCUUGCCCUCCGCAAAAAGCCCCUAUUCGCGAAUGAAAAAACUUUCAAAGUUCCAGAUCCCGAACAAUACCUUGUAUAUCAGCAAGCGCUAGCAUUGGAUGUUGCUGAUGCCCUAAGAGAGCUUGGUAGAGAUUCUCUUUGCCAUGCGCUCAUUACUCUUCAUGCAACAGGAGGGGGUGCAACGGGAAUAGCCGUAGGGGCAUCCGCUUCAUCUUCCGCUACACUAAAUACAGUGGCAACAGGACUACCUGAAACAUUCUUGCGCCGGCAACUUAUUAGAUUUAAUGUAAUGUUGCGGAGCAACCUUUUGUCAUUUGUGACGGACUCCGCAAACGAGUGGAAGUCCUACAUGCUGCAAGCAGCAGUAGACGAGCAUCUUGAUCCACGCUCACACCAAAGUGCUGAUGCAACUUUGGCCGCGGGAUUUCAGUUUGAAGGGAAUGCUUCUUGCCUCCUGCAGUUGAGCAUUCUCAUCGCCGACGACUCUGCCGUCUUCUAUCCGUCCCCAGACAAGCAAGCCAAAGCAGCACACUUUCCUACAAGCAAGCCAAAGCAACACAUUCUCCGUGCUUUUGUCCCACCUAUUACAUCGCGCUAA